AGAGGUAGAGGCCUUCAAAGGAGAAGUGAGACAUUUUACUCAACUUCCUUCCUUCCUGUGAAAUUACUGAUAAUUCGAAGUCUCCGCAUCAAACUUACGAGAGAAGGCAGGAAUAUGGGACACACUGUCAUUCUUCUUCUGCUGUUUGGCGGCACAGUAAAUGCUUUCCUUCCUCCGGGUGAAUCUCAAUGCAACAGCACCCUACAGGACUCUCAUUGCUCUGUCACUCUUGGAGGGUCGGUCUACAUCCAAUUCAUGGUCGACAUGAGCGGCCAUCAGCUGCGAUGCAAGAAACUCCUUCCCAGCGGAUACAUAGUUGUGUUUACGGUGAAAAAAGAAAAGCCGGUGAUACAGGAAGACUUCAGGAACAGAACGGAGUUCUUCGUAAACAAUGGGACUUUAAAAAUUUCCUGUGUUGAGAGGACUGACUCAGGACAAUACAAAGUGGAAGUCUUUGACCCGAAUGGGCGCAAUGUCAAAAUUAUUAUGGUAGAACUGGAGGUCCGGGAAAACCAUUUUUCCAUCCUGAUUCCAGUUUGCUCAGCACUGGCCGCUUUGCUUGUAAUCGUGGUCUUGUCUUGUUGCGUUUACAAGAAAACAAAGCAAAACAGGAAGUCAGGUUCAAGGGAGUCCAAGAAAAAAAAGAUUGCAGUAGAAUACUGGAAAACCAGUGAUCACGUGCAAGACGAUUUUCAUCACUGACUACAUUAAAUAAGUAAAUAUAAUUCUGAGUGCAAUGAUGCAUCAGGAGUUGUAUUAUGUAUCUUAUUUUAAUACUGUGUGUUACUUACGUUUCAGGUUGUGUAACUAUUCAGAAUGAAGUUGUGUACAGUUUUUUUGUUCUGCAAAAUAUGUAAUAGUUGGACUUAUAAAUCUAUGAGAUAAAAAGCUUAUCAACCCCUGUCUUAUUGUGAUCCUUAAAUUGUGUCACCUAUGACUUUACAAAAGAGAGCACUGCAUUCAUCAAAACAAAAUACAUCAUGCUCUUAUAAGUAAUGUAUUCUGAAAGGCAGAUUGUGACAAUGCUAUACGAUACUUCUGUUGUAUUGAUGUUGUGAAUUUUAUGUACGAAGAAUGUUGAUGAAUUAUGAAGAACGUUGGUGAAUUUUGACAAUCAUAUCGAAAUAAAAUUUAAAAAGACUCAUCACGCAAA